GGUCCUGAGACUAUCAUCUACCGUUGCGAGCAGCAACCGUGCCCGAAUCGAACACCCCGAUCGAUCCCAGAAGAUUACCCGCGCUACAAAGCGAUCCGACGAGCGCAACACCCACUCGGACCCCGAAGCACCCUAGCAUCUCGAUCGGCCUCGCGGCACUCUCGCCCUGUCUCCCCUAGCUCCCGUCUCCCUCAAACUGUCAUCACCGAUCCAGAUCAAGCGCGAGGAGAUCUCCCUCCAGACCCUGCGCCAGAGCCAGAGCCUGAGGAGAGUGAGGGUGAAGAAGGAGUCUCGGAGUCCGAGUCCGAGGAUUCUGUUGGGUCCGCCUCGCCGACAGCGUUCGCCCCCGCGUCAGCAGUCCCUGACCUGCCUCCGCCCCCGCAACGUCCUCCGUCCCCCCCGACGCCGAUAAUGUCGUCCCCUGCAGCCGCCCCCGACAAGGAGACCCUAAAGCUCCUCCUCCCCCUCCGCUAUGACGGCAAAACCGUCAUCGAAUGCGACAGGUUCCUGUCGCAACUUCGUAUCUACUGGUUGAUCAACAUGUCGUUGACGACCAUCGAGCUGAAGGUACAAGUUGCGCUAAGCCUGCUCGAUGGCGACGCCCGCGCCUGGGCCACGCCUUACUUCGCCCAACUCGCAUCAGUGCAGAUGGGUGUGCAAGGGGUCACAACCCCCUUCAGGAACGAAGCGGCCUUCACCGCUGCCUUCACAGCUCGCUUCGGCAAUCUCGACGAUGCGGCAGCAGCCCAGGUGGAGCUGGCGAAGCUCUGCGCGGACAAGUCGGUCCGCGAAAAACGCACGACGGCGGAAUUCUCCGCGCUGUUCAAGGGUCCGGCGGACCGUUCCGGGUAUGGGGACCUGGAACUACGCGACAAGUACCUGAGCGGUAUCCCCUCCCGCGUAUAUCGCAAGAUCGAGCUCGAGACCUUCACCACGUGGCGAGCCGCUGAAAAGCGAGCCACUGAGGUCGAGCAGAUCCUCGACAUCAGCCGGGCCCCUUCGGCCAGCAUCAAUGCGGCCGUCGGAAAAGGAGACUUCCCUGGCACAUGCUUUGGCUGCGGGAAGCAAGGGUACCGUCGUUUUGAGUGCCCUAAUUGUAAGGAUAAGCCUUACACAAAACGCGCCGAUGCGCGGGCUACGGUUGCCUCGGGUUCCACCCAGGCGGCGACAAGCGCCCCCGUCGCUUCAUCCUCGGCGAGUACAAGCGCCGCUUCAGCGAAAUCGGAAAGCUCCGAGCUGGCGGACUUGAUAGCACAGAUGAAGUCGAUGCGCGAGGAGCUCGAGCACUAUCGAGCCAUGAAGGAGGAGUCUUUUUAA